UCAACACACACACGUACUAAACACCAGCUAAUUAACCAAGGCAGAAUGAAGAGAGAAGCUGGAAGUAUCAUCGUUUUGUGUUUUCUUGUUUGCAUGUCCAUAUCCAUGGUUGCAGCAGCCAAACGCAGCGCUAGAAAGCUGGCAGUGAAAUCGGACUGCCAAAUUGAUAUCGAGGACUUGAACAAAACGUGCAAGCAAUGGCUCGCGGUAGACGGCGUGGCAGAUGAAUACUGUGAGGCGGAUUGUAUCCUUGUAAGGACACAGUGCUCCAAAGAGGAAGUUCUUAAGGAGGCUCCUUAUUUCUUCACCCCUGUGAUUGACAAAAUUUUGACUAAAAACGGCUUCCAGCCCUUCCCCUGAAUGACUUCAUCAUAUAUAUUACCAUUCAUGAGAUUAUAAUUAUAAUAAUAAUUAUAAUGCAUGCAAUCUAGCUACCACUUCUCUUUUUGCAUCAAUAAUAAUAUUGAACUAUUAA